GUGUCAGCAAUUCAGCUGCAUGAUGAACUGGAACCACAGACUAGAUGUCAGACCAGCAUCCUCCUCUACAGUAAGAGGUGUGUUUAAAUAUCUCCCCAGAAAAACAGAUUGAGAGAGGAGAGGACUCACUAUGAAUUUAAGAUCAGCAGCAAGAGGAUUUCUAGUUUUCCUUCUGUCAGCACCAGUGCUUCAGGGCAAAGGUGCCUGGACAGUUACUUACUCAACUAGUAAUGUCUGUGCUUUAAGAGGAGCAAUGGUUGACAUCAGCUGCACUUAUGAAUACGCUGACGACAUACAGCACGAAGAAGCAACAGUCAAUUCACUGUGGUUUACUAAAGGAGACAAGUCUCAGCCAGUUGAUCUGGAACACGAUACAAACUAUACAGGUCGUGUUGAAUACAGCUGUGGAGAGAUCCAUUGUCAACAUCUGAGAUGUCAUGGAACAUGUACCUUGAGAAUCAAAGACCUGAGACAUAGUGACUCUGCUGUCUACAAGUUUAGGUUCACAACAAGACACGCCAGGCAAUAUACUGGUGACCCUGGAGUCACGUUAUCUGUAACAGAUCUCCGGGUGAAGGUGUCCAUUCCUUCCCCUAUAAGCAGUCCUGACUGGACAAAGCUGGAGUGUCUCAGUACGUGUGAUCUACCUGGUGACCCUACCUACAUCUGGUUUUGGAAUGGAUUUAAUGUAGGAGAUGGAAAGUGGUACUGGAACCAACCUGAGGGUGGAGAAAUCUUUUCAUGUGCUGUUGAAGGAUACGAACAUCUCCGCUCUCCUGUAGUGUCACUUCAGGGUAAUAAUGGUGAAGGGACAGUUACUUACCCCCAAUCCUCUUUGGUCUGCACUUUAAGAGGAGCAACGGCUGACAUCGACAGCACUUAUGAAUACCCUUACGACCUACAGUACAACCCUACCACAGUCAAAACACUGUGGUUUACUAAAGGAAACAAGUCUCAGCAUACUGAUCUGUUAUGUGAUGCAGACUAUACAGGUCGUGUUGAAUACAGCUGUGGAGAGGUCAGCUGUGCCAGGACCAGAUGUCAUGGAAAAAUGUACCCUGAGAAUCAAAGACCUGAGACUGACUGACUCUGCUACCUACAAGUUUAGGUUCACAACAAACCAAUCCAAAAGGGGAAUAUCCUGGUGACCCUGAAAUAACGUUAUCUGUAACAGAUCUCCAGGUGAAGCUGUACUUUCCUUACGCUGUCGAUCCUACCUAUGCAAAGCUGAAUUGUGUCAAAACGUGCGGUCAAGCUGGUGACACUCCCUACAUCUGGUUCAAGAAUGGACAGAAUGUAGGACGGGGAGAGCACUACAUGGACUACAGUCAGUCUGGAAACAACUAUUCAUGUGCUGUUGAAGGAUACCAUCUCCGCUCUCCUUUAGUGCGUAAGUCCCCUCAAUAGCACACUGACAUGAUACCAGAUGUAAUGGACCUUUUAGGGUACAGAACUACAUGUUACUAUGAACAAGCAAUCAGAAAGGGCACAUUGCUUGUCCCCCCCCGUAUUGAUGGUUGCAGCUUUCUCGAGUGUUGCUCCUUUAAAAAACUUUACAGACACCACACAUUGUAUUCCCACUAAUACACGUGUGUUGAUUUGAAUGAACAGAAAAUACAUGCAGAAAUACAGAGACUCUUCUAAUUAUUGUUAGACUAAUAUAAAGGUUGUGUAUCCAGCAUCCAAGUACAGUGACCAAGUGAACUGCAGAGCCCUGAAGCCCCGCCCCACUGCUGCACAGUUUGGUUCAAAGUGUGUUAAUGUUGAACGUGUCGUGUUUCCAAAUAAGUCAGCACGGCACUUCUUCAGCAAUAUGCACGCCAAGCGUGAAGUAGAUCAGAUGAACGGUCCUAGAGAUAUACAGAGGACCUACAUACACACACACAUACAUACAGUACAUACAUACAUACAUACAUACAUACAUACAUACAUACAUACAUACAUACAUACAUACAUACAUACAUACAUACAUACAUACAUACAUACAUACAUACAUACAUACAUACAUACAUGCAUACAUAUAUACGUACAUAGCCUACAAACAUUUAUUGUUAGAUGCACCCAACUGCCGGUAUUUUAUAAUUAAUGAAAUAUAACUGUUAACAGAUGCUCCAAAGACCCCCUCAGUGACCAUAAGUCCCUCUGGUGAAAUAGAGGAGGGCAAUUCAGUGACUCUGAGCUGCAGCAGUGAUGCCAACCCAGGAGCUACCUACACCUGGUUCAGGUUAAUCACAGAUCAUUCCUCCAGGGAGACGAAGCAGGGACCAUACCUCGCCUUUAGAAGGAUCCUGUCUUCAGACUCUGGACGAUACUACUGUAUAGUUCAGACUGUGCUAAGGACAACAUCUGAGUUGAUCAAUAUUAUGGUGAAAUAUGGGCCUAAACACGCAUCAGCGUUACCAAGUCCCUCUGGUGAAAUAAAGGAGGGCAGUUCAGUGACUCUGAGCUGCAGCAGUGAUGCCAACCCAGCAGCUGAGUACACCUGGUUCAAGAACAACCAACCUCUGCCCUGGGAACCAAGUCAACCUCAUACCUUCCCCUCAGUCCGCCCUGAAGACAGAGGAACGUACCGCUGUCACGCAGAGAACCAAUAUGGACAACUGAGCUCUAACUCGAUAUUCAUGGAUGUCAAGUACGCACCAAUGACCCCCUCAGUGACCAUGAGUCCCUCUGGUGAAGUAGAGGAGGGCAGUUCAGUGACUCUGAGCUGCAGCAGUGAUGCCAACCCAGCAGCUGACUACACCUGGUUCAAGGAUCAUGGCUCAGUGAGAAAAUCAGGGCAGAACCACACCAUCACGAAUAUCACAUCUGAGCUUGGAGGAAACUACUACUGCCAAGCUCAUAAUGAAAUCGGACAUCAUGACACUACCUUUUUGUUCAUUAAAGUGACAUCAUCAUCACAGAGAGCAAGGGUAGCUGUAACAACCAUUGGUUUCUUACUGGCCACCAUACUCCUCCUUCUCGCCUUCCUCUGGAUGAGGUAAGAUGCUCUCUCUCUUUAUCGUUUUCCAUUCCUUCACUUCUGCUGUUGCUUCUUCCUCUUUCUGUUCUCUUCUCCAGAAGAAAGAGGUCCUCCAGCAAAGUAUGUGGACAGGGAGGAAGGCCAGAUACCGUGGAGGAGGUCUUAGCUCUGAACAAUCACUUGGCUGCUGAACCAGAGAGAGAAGAAAUAGAAGAGAAAGAUGACCUUCACUAUGCCAUUCCACCCUAUGGUCAACAUUAAGAGACCCAACGUUGUCCCUGGCCCGAGAUGAAGCCUCGAACGUCACACGCUACGUCAUUUCGCCUAUGUGAAUCCUACUCGAUACGGAGCUUCGCUGGGGGAGGAGCCGAGGUACUCGACACACGCCCCGAUGCCUCGACGCAAACCAUAACAUCACUACUUUAAUGUUUAAGAUAGCAUGCCCUAUUGUUUGAUCUGAAAUCAAGACUAGACAUACUAACGACUGGAACGCGUUACUUCUGGAUUUCUUGUUCCAAUGUGGACCAUAUAUGUGUUGCUGUUGGUAGUUUACGUGAGAGGACAACAUUUUUUGCAAGAAGCUGUGAAUCAACCGGGCUAUUGCGAAGGUGAAAACGAGUGCCACAGUCACGAUGACCAAACCAAAAUUCAUCGGGCUUAUUCUCAAACGUCCAAUGUCACAAACACCACGAAUCACAGCAUGGACCUCUUCAAAGUGUCCUGUCAGAAGUUGAUAGAAUCGUUUCCAAUGGACGAGGUGGAUGGCGACUACGUCCGCACUGUGAAGAACUGCGUGUUCUCCAGGUCGCUCCCCGCUCCGCUCAGAGCUCCCGUCACAUUGGCCGCAGUCUCCAAGAGCGUCAUUGAGGAUCUCUUGGAUUUGGACAUCAGAGUCACCCAGACAGAUGCCUUCCUGCACUACGUCAGCGGUGCUGAACUCAUACCUGGUUCGAUUCCCUUGGCACACCGAUACGGAGGACACCAGUUUGGCUACUGGUCUGGUCAGUUAGGAGAUGGGAGAGCUCACCUGCUUGGCCAGUAUACCAACAGAAAAGGUGAAAUAUGGGAACUACAGCUCAAAGGCUCGGGGAAAACACCAUAUUCAAGGGCUGGAGAUGGUCGUGCGGUGGUGCGUUCGUCCGUCAGAGAGUUCCUGUGCAGUGAAGCCAUGCAGGCGCUGGGCAUUGCCACCAGCAGAGCCGCCAGUCUGGUGGUGAGCGAGGAGUCGGUUUGGAGAGAUCAGUUCUAUGACGGAAACGUGAGGAAAGAGAGAGGAGCUGUAGUUCUCAGACUAGCCAGGUCCUGGUUCCGCAUCGGAUCCCUGGAGGUCUUGACCCGAGGUGGGGAACUAGAUCUGCUCAGGAAAUUACUAAAUUUCAUCAUUGAAAAUAAUUUCCCUGCCAUUGCUACAGAGGACCCAGAUAAAUAUUUGGUAUUUUAUUCUACGGUUGUCAGGGAAACAGCUCACCUGAUCGCCCAGUGGAUGGCUGUCGGCUUUGCACAUGGGGUCUGCAACACAGACAACUUCAGCCUGCUCUCCAUCACCAUCGACUACGGACCUUUUGGCUUCAUGGAGUCCUACGACCCGAAUUUUGUCCCCAACACCUCAGACGACGAGGGCCGCUACAGCAUCGGAGCGCAGGCUGACGUGGGUCUGUUCAACCUGGAGAAGCUUCUAGAAUCCCUGCAGCCCGCCCUCUCCCCCAGCCAGCAGCAGCGGGCUGCAGCUGUGUUAAAGGGCUACGCUGGACUUUACCAGAUGAGAUUUCACCAGCUCUUCAAGGCCAAGCUGGGGCUACUGGGUGAUGAAGAGGAGGACGGGAAUCUUAUAGCCUUCCUCCUUAAGAUGAUGGAGGACACGGGGUCAGACUUCACCAUGACCUUCAGACAGCUCAGCGAGGCGUCAGUGCAGCAGCUUCACCGCGGUGGCUUCACUCAGGUGACGUGGGCUCUUCAUGACCUCUCGUCCCACCAGCUGUUCUCUGAUUGGUCGAGGUUGUACCUGCUCAGGCUGGCCAGACAGGAAGGCGAUGAUGAUGAGGAUCGACGGCACCGGAUGAAGAGUGUGAACCCCAGGUACGUCCUGAGGAACUGGAUGGCUGAGUCGGCCACCAGGAAGGCAGAGACCAACGACUUUUCAGAGGUGGUGCUGUUACAUGAUGUUCUGGGGAACCCCUUCAUAGCGCAAGACGCUGCAGAGGAGACAGGCUAUGCAGCGCGGCCUCCGCUGUGGGGGCGGAGGUUAAAGGUCAGCUGCUCUUCCUGAUUGGAAGAACAUCUGUCAUUGUUUCAGACAUACAGAUCUGUGUGUAUGAAACUACAAGAGUUUUUGUUUCUGAAAAUGUCAGCUGACCUCAAACUUAAAGGUCAGAGCCACCUGAGAACUCAUCAUUCCCUCCCUUUUAUUUCCUGUUGGACAGAAAUACGGAGAACUUGGAUAUUUUCAUCCGUUACUUCCCCAGGGUAGGCUGAGCAUCAGAGGCUCUGUGUCCGAAUCUCUCUGCUAGCUAGCAUGCUAAGUGCCCUAACAUGCAACGUAGCAUAGCAUCCACAGGGAAUAUGUGUGUACAUUUAAGGAGAAGAUAAAACAGUAAAUUCUUAAUUAAUUUGCGAAAUGGAUCUUUAUGUUGACUAUAUUGAUACCAAUCGAAUAAACAACAAAAAUAAAACUCACCAUCAAAUCAGCCUGCAGAUAUUAUUUUACACUUUACCACACCGUGUGAAUGUCUGUUUCUUGUGUCAUGAUGUGUUGAUUUCACCUCAGGAUUUUUGGCACCAGAUUUCUGUCCCAUUUCAUGUGUUCAUAUAUCCUGUACAAUGUCCUGUGUUCAUAUCAAAAUCUGCCAAUAAGCAGUCAAUUGACCAUGGAGACGUAAGAAAUGCCUGAUUGCGUCUAAGGAAGACAUUUUAUUAAAAAAUGAUAGAUGUCUGAAGGUUUUUCCAAAGCACUCUGCAAUCUCAUGAAGCCUAAAAUGUUUAUUUUAUUUUUUAUAAUUUAUUAAAACACAUGAACAGAUCAUGUUUUCUGAUAAAAUCUAACUGGAUCCAAGGUAUCAUAGAAACAUGGUGUAUUUUAUUAUUUCUUUCUUUGCUGAUGUAGACAUUCAAAUACUUCAACAACAAAUAUACAAUAGUAGGCCUACCUGUCGCUCAUUUCCCCCAAAAGAUUCUUCCAAGCGUUGCUUUGAUCGCUGAAACAUGUGCAAGGUGCUCAAAUUAAUUACUCACGUAUGUCAUUGUGCAUUCGCUUUCAUCCAAAGCGGCCUCCAGUGUAUUCAGACACAGGUCUUUAAGGUACAGGUUUGGGUUUGGCAUCCUGAUCAAGGAUGCCUACACGAAGGCUAUUGAACCCAGAACGUUUCCACUGGGAGUCUAACCCCCUAUACAGUCAUUGUAUUCAAUUGGCGACACUGCUUAGACUCUCAGGGGCCAGGAACCAGAUCGAGUAAGGUCUGUGUAGGCGGGUAACGCCGUCAGCAUCCCAGUGGUGAAAAAAAACAUUGCACCGUGGACCUCUGGGAGUGAGGUCAAGUGAGGUCUAAAUCACAAAACUGAGGUUCAUCCUUUCAAUGUAAUGUACAGUCGGAUUAAAACUAACAAAUAACAGGAUUGAAUUGAAAGCUAGAGAGAGUCGACUUUUCUCUUUAUAUUUAUUGAUUUUUGUUGAAAUUAAUAUUGAUAUAAUAAAAAAAAAAACGUACUGGCAAUGAUGGGAAAGUAGAACAAAAUGGGGAACGACUUCACGUGACAAAUGAAGAAAGAGGGAACAGAAAUUGUUUGCUUUGCAAAAAACGUCUGCCUUUUUAUUUUCUUGCGGUGUAUAUUGUAUGCUUAAUAACCAAUAUAUGGUUUCAUUUCGUUUCAAAUAAUAUGUUUCUUGGAAUUGGUAUCCAUUAUUAUCAAUUUUAUUUUCUGCUCUUCUCUUCAAACAAACCAAUAAAAAAUAAA